CUUACUUUCAGUCAUGCUGCGAAAGAAGAUGCAGCAGAGCGAUCCAUGCAUAGUAGAAGAGAAGGCCAUAAUGCCGGACUCACAAAGUUUCGUGCACCAAAGCUCGAACCUGCCCAUCUCCAACGUAGUUGAGGGAUACACGAGGCGUUUCUUCGGAAUCGUUCUUAUUCUGUUCGCUCGUACUCUGUUGUCGAACCUAACACUAGCGCGCUUGCUAUACCCCCCGAAGCUAGCCCAGUGCCUGUAUCUACGCUUGACAAACAGUCAUUCGAUAAAUGAGCACAGAAAGAUGUCUAUUCUAAGAACAUUCCGCAGGCUGUACGUAGUUGGCAUGGCUAUGGCCUGCGCUUGGAUGUGGUGGUUGUUGCGACUUUUGUUGGCGCGAACGGCCCGUUUCGUCCUCCUCGUUCUGUCUCUGUAUUCUGCCACUUCGACGGCCCCACUCAUUCGCCCUUGGCAAGGCAUUGCUCUCUCUAUGGCGGCGUCGGUUAUGGGAUCACGUGCCAUCCUAUGGCUGCUUGGAAGCUCGAUCUUCAUCAACGUGUACAGGGAGGCAGUGGGCUACAAGGGUCACUUUGGGUGGAAGUUCGGCCAAGACUAAUCGAACCAAGAGCUUCAGGAUAUGUAUGGCUUAGCCAUCUAGCAUGGCUCCAGACAAUCGAAAACACAGACUCACAUGAUAAAUCCACGUCUCCGUGGCGACCUCGCCGAGCAAGACACCAGAGUUUCGUUCUCCGUAACGACCCCAAAGGCUUGCAUAAGACGCUCCCUUUUACUUACUAUCUAAUAGAAUGGCGCCCAAAUCCGCGAGACCUAAAUCCAGUCCCUUCCACUGAUUGAAAGUCUCACAAAGAUUAACAAGUUCACGUCAUAAUCACCUUUUCCGUACUUGCACAUGCCGGAACUGAGCACUAGAUAGCAUCUUUGGCUUCAGACGGCCAACAGGUCUCCGUGUCGUUGCACGAACGUUACAAUAUCAGAAUCUCCACGAAAGGGGAAGACGGCUCUUUAGAGGCCGGAGGGUCUGUUAUCAGGUCAUCAGUCAC